ACUCCUAUUUAAGUUAUCCGCAUUCUUUGUUUGCGGUCAUUUUUAUUGCGUGUCGGAGGUCGGUUGCUUGGUGUGUCAGGUAUACUGUUUCAUAAUGGUGGAAGCAGACCGCCCAGGCAAGCUCUUCAUCGGUGGCUUGAACACCGAGACGAAUGAGAAGGCUUUGGAAGCGGUGUUCAGUAAAUAUGGGCGCAUCGUAGAAGUUCUGCUAAUGAAAGAUCGUGAAACAAACAAGUCCAGAGGGUUUGCAUUUGUCACAUUUGAGAGUCCAGGCGAUGCAAAAGAUGCUGCAAGGGAGCUGAAUGGGAAGGCUUUGGAUGGAAAACCCAUUAAAGUUGAGCAAGCCACUAAACCAAUGUUUGGGGUAGGAAGUAGACGUCCACCAACCUCUCCCAGAAGUCGUGGUCCCCCAAGAGGUCUCAGGGGAUCCAGAGGAGGUGGCUCAUCAAGGGGGCAAAUGCCACUAAAAAGAGGGCCCCCACCAAGAAGUGGCGGUGGCCCUCCACCUAAAAGAUCUGCUCCCUCAGGCCCUGUUCGAAGCAGUGGGAUGGGUGGACGAGCUCCACUGUCCCGUGAACGUGAUGGGUAUGGAGGGCCUCCACGCAGAGAGCCGAUGCCAUCACGCAGAGAUGUUUACAUGUCUCCUCGAGAUGAUGGAUACAGCACAAAGGAUAGAUAUGAUAGUUACUCCGGUAGAGAUUAUCAAAAUUCAAGAGAUUCCAGAGAUUAUGCACCACCUCCAAGAGAUUAUGCGUAUCGUGAUUACGGGCAUUCAAGUUCACGUGAUGACUAUGGAUCUCGGGGAUAUAGUGAUCGUGAUGGCUAUGGUGGUGGUCGUGACAGAGAUUAUUCAGAUCAUCCAAGUGGAGGUUCUUACAGAGACUCGUAUGAGCCAUAUGGUAACUCACGUAGUGCUCCACCUGCACGAGGGCCCACACCAUCAUAUGGUGGAAGCAGUCGUUAUGAUGAUUAUGGCAGCGCUCGCGAUGGAUAUGGAGGCCGAGACAGUUACUCAAGCAGCAGAAAUGAUAUCUACUCAAGUGGGCGAGAGCGUGUUGGCAGACAAGAGCGUGGACUGCCACCUUCAAUGGAUAGGGGAUACCCACCUCCACGUGACUCUUACAGCAGCUCAAGCCGUGGCGUUCCCAGAGGUGGUGGCCGCGGUGGAAGCAGAUCUGAUAGAGGAGGUGGCAGGAACAGAUACUAAAUUCAAAGGCAUGGACCAAAAAAAAUUGUACAAACAAAUCAAAAUGGCAUUUGUUCUGCCUCCACCAGCGGACUACAAUAACUGUUUUUUUAUUUAUCUUUUUUUUUUCUACCUGUAAGAUUGUCCUCCGUGAAUUUUAGCCCCUUGGGAGGAACUUUAAUUGCUUAAGCUUCACAUUUUGUUAGAUGUUUAUGCUAUGUAAAUGUGUAGUUUGAACUAUGUACUAGUGUUGUGUUUUUUUUUUUUUUAGUUUUUUUUUUCCAAAGUAAAGUUUCACUGAAACUCAAAA